AUGCGCGCCUGACUCGUCAUCGGCCUGCGCCGGCUGUGCUGCGACGGCAUGGAGGGGCAGCUGUACCGCCGGCUGCCGCCCGAGGAGACCGGGGAGCUGCGCCUGCAGCCCCAGAGCUCAGAAAAAGCCAAGACAAUUGUACAUGCCUUCCUGAAGCGCAGCAUGCCCAAAAUGAAAGAUGAAGCUAUCCAGGAUAUGCUGACUCGGAAAGCUGUCGUUCUGGAGCAUUAUCACAAAAAAAAGACCAAGCAAAAGAGGAAGAAGACAAAAGGUUUUACUGCCAAGCAGAGGCGAGAGCUGCGUCUGUUUGAAAUUGAACCUGAGCAGCAAAGAUAUGCAAUUUUCCUACCACUCCACGAGCUUUGGAAACAGUACAUCAGAGACCUGUGCCAUGGACUCAAACCUGAUGCGCAACCCCAUAUGAUUCAGAGCAAGCUGCUCAAAGCUGAUCUCCAUGGAGCCAUUGUUACAGUUACAAAAUCAAAGUGCCCGUCUUAUGUUGGGAUAACAGGAAUCAUUCUACAGGAAUUUAAACACAUCUUCAAAAUUAUCACUAAAGAGGACAAAUUAAAAGUUGUUCCCAAACUUAACAACGUGUUUAGCUUGGAGCUUGAUGGAUUCAUUUCCUACAUCUACGGCAGCAAGUUCCUGCUCAGGGCAAGUGAGCGAUCGGCCAAAAAAUUCAAGUUGAAAGGAACUAUUGACCUGUGAUUUCAUGGGAACUUAGAAGCAUUCACAGAAAUGUGUUCUCCUGCAGCUCAAAGAGUAGGCUUCCUGGCAGAUGGAAGAAGCAACAGCCACGUGAAAUAUUUAUAAAGCAUUCCUUCUUACUGAAGAAUGAGCAGUAUCUGCUGUCUUUAAGCAGUCUCACCGACUGUUGAAAUUGGUUGUGUCUGUUUUUUUUUAUUUGAAUAUAAUAUUCUGUCUUUUAUUAAAGUAUUAUGAUUAAUAUUUACUACCUGACUUCUGUUUCAGUUUGUAAGUGUAAACUUGUACAGUGAAAAUUAUAUUUUGUAACUUUGUAAUAAAUAUUAUUGUUGCCUUCUUGAUAAAUUGGGCUUUAGCUGCCUGUUAUGUGCUUGCAGUGAGACUGCAGGUCCUGACAAAUGCUCUUUAUAAUCAUUGUUCCUGGGCCAAGAUCAGUAUCUUGGCCUGCUGCAGGCACAUGCAAAUAAAUUGUUUCAGUGGCGGGUUCUA